AUGAACGAUGCCUACUUGCCCGGAGCAGCAGUAUUAGCACAUUCCCUACGAGACUGCGGCACCACGAAAAAGCUUGCCUGCCUCGUGGUGCAGCAUGGCCUGCGAGCGAGCACCAUUGAAGAGCUCCAGUCGCUAUACAACUAUGUCAUUCCUAUCGAACCAAUCCGCAACCCGCAGCCUGCCAACCUCUAUCUCAUGAAUCGCCCCGACCUGCUCUAUACCUUCUCCAAGAUCAACCUAUGGCGCCAAGUGCAGUUCCGAAAGAUUGUCUACAUCGAUGCCGACGUGGUGGCGCUGCGCGCGCCGGAAGAGCUGUUUGACAUACCAGACUCGUUUGCUGCAGCACCCGACGUGGGCUGGCCGGAUGCAUUCAACUCGGGCGUUAUGGUGCUCACCCCAGACAUGGGCGAGUACUACGCCUUGAGAGGCCUUGCAGACUCGGGUGACAGCUUUGAUGGUGCCGACCAAGGUUUACUCAACCAAUACUACGAGAAUCGCCCGUGGAAGAGGUUGAGCUUCACAUACAACACGACGCCGAGCGCAAAUUACCAGUACGAACCUGCUUACAGGUACUGGAAGCGAAACAUCACCCUCGUGCAUUUCAUUGGGAAGGAUAAGCCAUGGCAAAGGGCACGAGAUGAGAAAGGUGCGCCGAACGCCUUCCAGGAAUUGCUCAGCAGAUGGUGGGCGGUCUAUGAUCGGCAUUUCCAAGUCUCGCAAGUAGCAGCUUCAGAGUCGUUUUCUGCCGCUGGCUAUCCAGUAGCGACGACUCAACCCGCGCCGCCGCCGCAGCAUUUCCCUGCCCAGGGCCAGCCAUAUUAUACGUCACAUCAAGGCGUUGAGGCCCCCGAGCAGCGUCAGCAGCACUGCCAGCCUCCGCAUUACCACUCGCACCAUCAUACCCCCGAGCAGUCAAACCACCAUGCAGGCACCGCCACGCCUUCGUUUGCUGAGCGUGGCGAGCCUGCAGAGAAUCUUGCUCAAGGCCAUCAACAGCCCAUCCCCACAGUGCAACAGCGCAAGUUUUCGGCACCUCACAUGGAAUGGGAUGCGACCCGUGGAGCACCGCCAAUUGACGCGAGACCAGAGGCAGCAGACUUUCCCACCACAACUUACGAGUUUAAUACUAAUCCGGCGCCUUUCCGACCUCCUCCGUCGUAUCCAGAGCCGCCGAAAGACAUGUACUAUCAGGUGCCGCCUCCGCCUCCUCUGAGCCAGUCUGCACCGAAGCCGAAGCCCAUCUUCCCUUGGGAGGAACGCGAACACAGCAGACCAACGAGGAGAUUCGUCGAGGAUGAAGCGCCUCCGCCCCCGCCUGAGCUGGAACCAGAGGCGCCAUAUGCCGAUGAACUGGAGGUUUCGACCGACAAGAACAUCGAGCCAGUGACUCCUACCAUCAAAGUCACCGAUAACCCAUGGACCUCUUUCGCUCAACAGAAGAACGUCUGGGAUGAGGUGAACGGCAUUAAUGACUACGUACGCGCCUUGACAGCGUUUCAGAAGAAUCGUGGGAAGCAGCACGUCCUCUCGCCGUCAAACGACCCUAAGCCGGAAGAGCUGAUUGAAAAGGUCGAGCAAGCACGCCAACGGCGCGAAAGCCUCAUUCUCACCGAUUUUCCAACUGCCGAUGACAGGCCCUCUUUACCGGUGACUCCAGCACCAAGGCGCCGAUCUACCUUUUGGGGAGAUGAAGGCCGAGAUGAUGAAGCGGAUCUUCCACCUGCUGAAGGGGUGCCUGAUCAAGCGGACUGGGUAUGUCCUAAAUAUCUUCCUGUCCUCACACCUUCGUUGUUGAAAUACUGACGACGAUGAGACAUUGGCGUUGCCAAGAGCUUGAGCAUUUUGGGACUCUGCUUUGGAUAGAGGUUUGGCGCAGCUUGUUCAGAUGUUGCGCGAAAGUUCUUGCGAUUUCAUUCAAAAAUCUACCAAGCGAAAUCGUAUGCUAAUU